UUUUUUGGUCUGUGCACGCAGUUGCUCAGAUAGUAUUCAGCACUAGGAAAGAAUGCAGAGGAUGUGGGAGGUGCUCACGUGCUGCAACUUUGGCCAAUGCUGAUGCUCCGGUGCACAGACUGACGUCGUCUCAUCGACCAAUCCGCUUAAUUCUUUAUGCCUCAUAACGAACCCAGUUCGGUUGCUAUAUAAACGCACUGACAACAAGCUUCCAGGCCAGCACAGAUCUGUGGGAGAAUCGCAUGCUCUGAAAUUAACCACAACAUCGUUAUCCACUAUGAAGGCAGUCAGUCCGGUGAGGUCCAUAAGGAAACCCGCCUUGUAUUUUUCGGAGCAUAAUCUCGGCAGCUCACGGAGCAAGAGCUCCUCGGACGACCCGCUCAGUCUCCUGUACAACAUGAAUGACUGCUACAGCAGGCUGAAGGAGCUCGUGCCGAGCUUACCGCAGAACAAGAGCGUGAGUAAGAUGGAGAUCUUGCAGCAUGUCAUAGACUACAUUCUGGAUCUUCAGAUCGCACUGGACCAGAACCCGCAACAGCAGAUCCUCGGACAGAGCCCUCCAAAAAAGACUGUCAGAUCACUCGGAGCUGGUAGCAUCAUCUCCUUCCAGCCCAGUAACACUCAAGGAGAGAUCAACUCAGAUGACCUCAUAACCCUGUAACGUUGAAAUGGUGUUUCGGUCAUGGAGCAAAAACAGGGGCUGUUUGUGUUUUUUUUUUUUUUUUUUUGGGUCCCGUGUCAUUUGCCUGGACUUCGUCUUGAAUGACAAAGGAUUCCCACAAACGGACAUAAAAAGAUUCUGAGUUAGUUAUAUACGGACUUUCAUAUUCUUUCUUCCAAAGGAAGAUUCAAAAAGACUGGAAAGAUUUGAAAGGAAAACAGUAAUUAAGCAAGCAAUCUCAAAAAGCAGGAUUUUUCCCCCUUUGCUUUUAUGUUGACAAGAUGUUGCGCAAAACGCAAUCCUGUUCGUCUAAAGGCUGCGGACUCUGUAAAAAUGUACUUUUGUUUUCUCUUUCUGCUGAAAAUGUGAUGUUUAUAUUACAGAAAAUUUUAUAAUUAUAACGUAAAUGGCACUUUUAUACUGUACAUAAUUAAAUGCUAAAUAUGAA